ACUGAAUUGAAUAAUAGCUUCAAUUGGAAGAUAAUCUGUUACAGAAAUGAUAAAAAGUGCUUUUGCUAAGAAAUACCACUGAAAUGUUUUUGUAAUCAAAAUUUAAAUAUUUUUUAAUGUUCUCUCUAGUUUGUUAAAUACCCCUAAGGAAUACAGGCAACAUGUUCUACACACAUGUGCUUAUGAGUAAGCGAGGCCCGUUGGCCAAAAUCUGGCUUGCAGCUCACUGGGAGAAGAAACUCACAAAGGCUCAUGUAUUUGAAUGCAAUCUAGAGAUAACCAUUGAAAGAAUUAUUUCACCUAAGGUGAAAAUUGCGCUUCGAACUUCAGGACACCUUCUUUUGGGAGUUGUGCGAAUCUAUAAUAGGAAGGCAAAAUAUCUUUUGGCAGAUUGCAACGAAGCAUUGCUCAAAAUGAAGAUGACAUUUUGCCCAGGGCUGGUUGACCUUCCAAAAGAGAAUUUUGAAGCUGCUUACAAUGCUAUCACAUUGCCAGAAGAGUUUCAUGAUUUUGACACCCACAAUGUGAAUGCUAUUGAUGUUUCAGAACACGUUACUCAGAACCAAAGCAGACCAGAAGAAAUCACACUUAGAGAAUAUUACAAUAAUGAUCUACUGUUCCAAGCUGGGAGCUUUGGGGAGGAAUCUGAAAUUCUCAGAAGACAUAGCUUUUUUGAUGACAACAUAUUGCUGGAUUCCAGUGGUCCUUUAGUUGAACAUAGUUCCGAAAGCCUCAUUGGAGAAAAAUCUCUGUUCUAUGACAGUGGAGAUGGAUUUGGAGAUGAAGGGGCUGCAGGAGAGAUGAUUGACAAUCUAUUGCAAGAUGACCAAAAUAUCCUGUUAGAAGACAUGCAUUUGAACAGAGAAAUUUCCCUGCCUCCUGAGCCUCCUGAUACUAUAGUGGUAGAACCAGGUAAUUCAGAGUGUAUCUGUCUACCUGAAAAUGAAAAAAUGGAUGAAAUCACAUUAUCAAAUGAAGAACAUGGAUUUACCCUUGACCCAAUUGAUGUUUCAGACCUUGCUGAGAAAAGAAAAGGCAAAAAGAGGAAAUUGCUCAUAGAUCCAGUCAAGGAGAUCAGUAGCAAAAUUAUGCAUAAACAGCUUACUUCCUUUACGGACACACUCAUGGUUUUGGAACUUGCACCUCCUACCCGAAGAUUGAUGAUGUGGAAGAAGAAGGGAGGAGUGGACAUACUUCUGUCAAGUCCUGCCCAGGAUAUGACUCAUGCAGAACUGAAAAUGUUGUUUACAAAGUGCUUUCUGUCCUCUGGCUUUAAACUUGGAAGGAAAUUGAUACAGAAGGAAUCAGUAAGGGAAGAAGUGGGAAAUGAAAACAUAAUAGAGACCUCCGUGAUGGAAGAGCCAAAUUCCCGGCAAGACUUAAGUCAACCCAAAACUUGGAAGGAUGUGAUCAAUGGACCGAAGUGUAGCUCUCAUGAGGAUACCAAUAAAAAUAUUAAUUCUGAGGAGGAUGUUGUUGAAGUGGUAUCUUCAGCUACUGAGGAAUCUUCCUUAACGAAUGCCGUCUUAGCACAAGAAAUUGAAAAUAGUCCAGCUGAAUUGGAGUCAUUGGGGAAUCAACAAAAUUUUGAGGCAGAGAGGUGGAAUGGAAGAAUUCUUAAGAUGUUAAAUAGCUUGCGGGAAUCCAACAAGAUGGGAAUGCAGUACUUUAGUCUGAUGAAGCUCUGCAGACACAGUGACCGAAAACAAGCUGCUGCCAAAUUUUAUAGCUUUCUUGUCCUAAAAAAACAGCGGGCUAUUGAGCUGAGCCAGAGUGCUCCCUAUGCAGAUAUCAUAGCUACAGUGGGACCAAUGUUCCAUAAAAUGUGAAGGAAAUCCAGAACAUGCAGAUUUAUGUCAUAUUUGGAAUUUCUGUGUAGAUGGGUCACUUUAAUGCAGAAGCUGUCUGGAAGCAGCUGAAGGUCUGAUCCAUUUCAUAUAUUAGCCAACUGCCUAUUUUAUGUUUGUAAAGUCAGAAUAACCAUAGCCAGAAUUGGAAACCUGUUUGCUCACAGAAAUACUGAAUUGUAGCUAAGUAACAUUUUUAACUUAGCUAACUUGAAUGUAUAGUAUUUACCAUUUCCCUGACUUGAAUAUUGCAUUUAGAAUAUAUUUUUAAAAUACUAUGUGCCUUCAAGAAAUAUUUAAGGAUAUUUUUUAAAGCUAUUUUAU